CAUUUAUAAAAUAUUUAUUGAAAAUAGAAUUACUGUGUGCAAGACACCCUGGUGUGAAUAUGAGACAUAUGAUGAACAAGGCAACUAAACCUGACCAGAGUGAAGUUCCUGGAGUACUCUAGGAGGUUGAUGCUGGGAUCACCACAUGGAUGAAAGGUGUGCCUGCCUUCCUUGGAAAAAAGUGCAUAUUUUUAAAACAAAGCACAGUUCUCAAACGGAAAAUGAGGAACCAUCAUCUGCUCCCAUUCAGGAUCAUACUUACCAGAGUUCCAUGGAGGAUCUGUGCUACACUGUGAUCAAUCACAAUGUCUCCAGGAAAAUAUCAUCAGGGCACAAUGCUGAGGGAUUCUAUGAGAACGUUUCCACCAAAGUCCUGAAGUCCAAAGAGUUGUCAGGGGCACCAGAGACUGAGUACUCUCUUCUCUAUGUGAAUCCCACCCCAGAGCGAACACCUUCCCCAGAUAAUGAAUAUGAACUUCUUGUGCCCAACAGAAUGUUGUCUCACUCCCUUGCAACAGUCACAUGACUGUAUGCCCUCUUCUGAGACACUGUAGUCUCAUUUGUAAUGAAGCACUUGGACCAGCAUCUGUUUCAAAUCAGAAAAUAAAUUUUGGGGGUGGGAGGAGGGUUUUUUUUAAAAAAAGGUAUGGGCCACAAAGUCCAAAUACUUCCAGCUUAUCCUGCUCCUCACCCCACAGUAGCCUCCUGAGGAGUCUCUGAAAGUCAUGGUUGACAAACCACAAUGCCUCCUAGCUCCCGUUUUAUAUCUCAUACAUGAAGAACAACCAGCUUGAAAAGGACUCUUUAAAAGGAGAAGUGAAGCGGGACUGGGCGGUGGCACCCCCUGGAUAAGCGCACAUAGUAUUAAGCACAGCAAGCACAAGGAUGCAGGUUUGAGCGGCUGGCUCCCCACCUGCUGGAAGGACACCUCACAAGUGGAGAAGCAGGUCUGCAGAUGUCCAUCUUUCUCUCUCCCUCUCUAGUUCCUCCACCACUCUUAAUCUCUCUCUGCCCUGUCAAAUAGAAUGGAAAAAAUUGGUCACCAGGAGCAGUGGUUUUGUAGCUGGCACCAAGCCCCAAUCAUUACCCUGGAAGCUAAAUAAAUAUAAAGGAGAAAUGAACUAACUGGUUUUGGAAAUAUGAUCCUCUACCCAGUUCUGGAAGGGCUUCCUAGUUCACAAAGGAUUCUGCUUCUAUGCCCAGGCUCUUUUCAUAAAGUGUGUAAAAACUGCCUUUCCUCCACAGUCACCCACCAUACUUAGUGUAUCCGAAGAUCAUCCGUUCAUCCCACACAUUCUUGAGCCCUACCCCUCACUUAUAGUCUUUCAGGUCUGUGGUGUUGCUUUACCUCCAGAUCUCUAAAGAAUGCUUAUUGAAGUGUUCUUUGAUUCCUUUGAUUAAUUGACCCACAUGACUUAGUUGGUGGAGGGGUGAAAUCAGUAAAUUUCAAGUAAAGUCUUACAUAAUUAUUUUAAACUUUGUACUUAUUCUUAGCAAUCUUAAUAAAUAUAUAGUAUCUGAUAAUGAUAUAUUAGAAAGACCUUUGAAAAGCUUCUUAAUCCCGCUAUUUUGUGGUACAUUUUUGUUGUUGCUUAUUUGUUUGUUUUUGUUCUGUUUCUGGCUCA